GACGUUUUAAGGAUACAGCGCUGAUUGCGUCGAGUGGAGACAAGCACGGGCGACACCUGGUGGAAGCGCUAAAGAACUGAAGUAUGAAGUCCAACAGCCAGAGUGAAACCACUACGUUUCUGUUCAUCACAGUAUGGACGUUGCUCAGGAUAUCGGCAGCUAUGCUGGACGAAGACAUGGCGGCGCUGUCGGCAGAUGCUCCGUGGAAAGAGACCGAGAAGAGGAACACCUGGUGGUCUAAGCGUUCAGCCAUACAGGAGUCUUCCGAUCCAGGUAUUGACCAAGAGCUACCUCUCUGUUCCUCCGUUGUUACCGCAGUCGGCUGCUACGUGGAUACGUGUAUCCCGUUGUUCUUCGAGUGCAGCCGCACAGCCGACAACAAGGCGUCUCUGGGCAACUGCAAGACUGGGCAUCGCGCCUGCCUUGUCCGCUGCGUGCGCGGUCCGAAAAUUCACUUCCCUUCGGUGCAAUAGGCGGCCUCUUCCUGAAAGACGCCAAAUUUUUACACUACGUCCUGGACAAGAAGAAGAAGAAGCAAAAGGUGACACUUCAGAAGGAACUAAGAGUUCAAUACAUAGUGUAAGACACACGUCGCGAUGCCACGAUGGAGCACGACUUACGCCCAAAG